CCUGCUAAGAUGGCGUCCAGUCAGGACGACAGUUCCUCUGGAUGCAGACAUUCGGACUGUCCGAGCCUCUCCGCCCGCCGAGUGGUGACCAGUGCGGCUAGGGAGAGGUGGAAACUGCUGGGAAGGGCAUUAAAACAGCGUGCAAGCAACGGCAAAGUGGAGGCCAUAUCUGUGCGCAGGUUUGAGUCCUUCGGUCUCCUGAAAACACGGAAGGCAAAACUGGAUGAUUCCACUUCGACUGAGAGGGAGGGAGCCAACAAGGAGGAUGCUAAGUGGUUCGAGUACACCUGCAAUCUUCUGCCCAACUUUGGAAUGGAGAUCAGACAACUUGGUGGUUCUUUCACCUAUGAGGCCUUGAUUGGGUUCAACAAUACAGGAAAUGUCUGUAUUUGGCCAUCAGAAGAAGUCCUGACAUAUUACUGUCUGAAGAACAAAGAAGUUUUUAGGCACCAGAGAGUUUGUGAACUUGGAGGAGGGAUGACAUGCCUUGCUGGAGUUGCCGUGGCUGUUGCAUCUGAGGCUGAAGAAGUUGUGUUGACAGAUGGCAAUGAAAAGUCUGUGGAAAAUGUUGACCAGAUUGUACAGAGAAAUUCUGCCCAGUUUGGAGACACCAGGGUGUCCUGCCAGGUGCUGAAGUGGGAUGAACAGGACCAGCUGGACAGACUGGCCGGGGGCUAUGAUCAUGUCAUCUGUGCAGAUUGCCUGUUCUUUGACCAGUACAGACAACCCCUUGUGGACUGUAUCUACAGAAUUCUUAAACCAAAUGGCGUAGCGACAAUCUUUGCACCUCGGCGUAACCAGACCCUGGAGGACUUCUGCAGACUAGCUGAGCCUUUCUUCAGGGUAGGCACAGUAGAAAACUAUGAAGAAGUCAUCUGGGCUCUUCAUCUUAAGUUACAGACAGAAGACAGAGACAGGUACAACCCAGAUAUCCACUACCCCAUUAUGCUGGUCCUCACCAAGCAAUAACAGGAGACACGAGGACACGAGGACAGCUAUGCAGCUGUUCAUACCUGCUGUGCAGUACACUGCUGUUUCUGCAAGUUUCUAUUGAUGUAUCACCUUCAUCCUUUGAUAUUUUAGCUGCACAUUAUCACAUACAGUAUUGCCUUCAUCCUCUGAUAUUUAGUUUUGCAGUUUUAAAAGCACAGCUGCAUUUAAACCCUAUUACAGCUGUGCAGACCUGUUAAUGUAUGUGCAGAAAUAAAGGGUUGUUUUAGUCCAAUGGAAAUGGUGUUUUCUCCACUAUUUUAAAGAAAGAUUUUUUUCCAUAUGGAAACAUAUAUUUGCAGAUAUAUGUUUUUUUUUUACUCCUUAUCCAUUUUUUCAGUACACGUUUUGUUCUUCUAAACAGACUGAAAACUGUCAUUUUAUACCAACUGCCUAAUAGGAUAAUGUGUAAGAUGAAUGGUAAACGUACAAAACUAUAAGUCUUCCCCAUUAUAAAGGGCCUCUUAUCUACACAGAGACUGCAAUUUAUUAAAUGAAUAACUUACAAUCUGCCUUAAGAGCAGUUGUGAGUCUUGUGACGCAUGAUGUUACUAAUGAAGGCCUUAUCAUUGCGGAAAUGAGUAACUAUAUACAAUUUACAUCUGCACUAUCUAAUCAUGUACUAAAGGUAGUGUAGACCAAAUUCAAUAUAAAGUUUAAGAAAUACUCAUUCCAGCUUUACCAAGUCACUGAGUAUGUUGCAAAAUACAGGAUGUGAUGUCACAUCUGUGGGCAGAGCUUGACACCAAAUAAGGACACUUAUGCAAAUUUCCACUGCCAGUUAAGAGGUGAUUCGUGCAAAUUACCAGGUCUCUGAAGUACAGACUGAGGAGACUUAUGCAAAUGACAACAAAUUAAUCUAUGCAGUUACAGAAUACAUGUGCAUGUGUCAUAGUAUUAGCAUCAGAGGUACAAAUGUAUUGGAAAAGUAAAGCACCAUUUACUGUUCAACAAAGUAAAUAAAUAAGUAGAUAUUGUUUAAGAUAUGACUUUUCAUGAUUCUUAAUGGUUUUAGUGUUCACCAAUACUUCCGAAAUGUGUGAAAUUGUUACCGUUCUUGUAUAAGAAGGUUCUGGUCAGAGAGGGUUUUACAUCAGACAUUUUCGUGACUGUCUGUCCCCUUCUUCAGGGCAACAAUGACUGGUUCUGAUGAAAUAUUUGUACUGCAGCUAGGUGUCACUGCUGCAAUAUCACAAUUCACAACUGUUCCAAACCUAGAGUGUUGUCACGUAAUAUACACAUUUUGUAAGUGCAGUAAUAUAUACAGAUGGUCACCAAAACAUCAUGAAAUGUGAAAACCCCUAAAACCUUCUUAUACAGUCUCUUGCCAACCUGCUAAAAUUCAUGAAUGUUACCAUAAGGGUUGAUUAAUCGUGAUGUAGAUGUCACGUAAAAAAAAGCUUCAAAUGGUCCCUUUGAAUCAUGGCUCAACUGUAAUUAUGUUUGACCAGACUUAUGUUAUGACCAAAGACAGACGUUUAUUCAGGACAAAGUUGUUUUUUAUGUACUCUUUAAUCCAGGCAGCAACAUGAAUGAGCUAGUUCAACAGUGCAUCUAGACUACAAUCAUGGACUAAAGCUGUAGACAAAUAUGAGUUGCUUGUGGGUUUAUCCACCCGUGUGCACACUUAGUAUGUGUGUAAACACUACGAUUAGUGUAAACCCUUUCAUGUGGAUCAAACAUAUGUAGUGCUAACAUUCCAGAAGCAAAGCUGUGUUACUGUGUGAACACCAGAUGACAUUAUACUAGUAAUGUGGACAUGCCAGCGUUUUUGCUAAGCCUUCUGAUAAAGUUUGUUAGCAUUUCUUCAAUGUCUAAAGCACAUUGGCAGAAUGUACUGCGCCUGUGCAAAACCACAGAUUCUGUUGAAUGUUUGGUCAAUGUUGCAUCAGAAUUUUGUCCGUUGCAGAAGAUGUCUUUUCUGACACAACGUUUGAAAACUACAGAUGGGAUGUCAUGCUUUUAAAAUAUGCAAAGACAGAACCAAACGAUAAGUUCUAUGUUUGAUUUCACACAGGCCAUCGCCCAAUAGACUGAUAACUCCA